CCGCGCCGCGGCCGCAGCCCCGCCGCCGCCCCCGCCGCCGGGGACAUGUCUAACCCCGGGGGCCGGAGGAACGGGCCCGUCAAGCUGCGCCUGACAGUACUCUGUGCAAAAAACUUGGUGAAAAAGGAUUUUUUCCGGCUUCCUGAUCCAUUUGCUAAGGUGGUGGUUGAUGGAUCUGGGCAGUGCCAUUCUACAGAUACUGUGAAGAAUACACUUGAUCCAAAAUGGAAUCAGCAUUAUGACCUGUAUAUUGGAAAGUCUGAUUCAGUUACGAUAAGUGUAUGGAAUCACAAGAAGAUCCAUAAAAAACAAGGUGCUGGAUUUCUUGGUUGUGUUCGUCUUCUUUCCAAUGCCAUCAACCGCCUCAAAGACACUGGUUAUCAGAGGUUGGAUCUAUGCAAACUUGGGCCAAAUGACAAUGAUACAGUUAGAGGACAGAUAGUAGUAAGUCUUCAGUCCAGAGACCGAAUAGGCACAGGAGGACAAGUUGUGGACUGCAGUCGUUUGUUUGAUAAUGAUUUACCAGAUGGCUGGGAAGAAAGGCGAACUGCCUCUGGAAGAAUCCAGUACCUAAACCACAUAACAAGAACUACGCAAUGGGAACGCCCAACACGACCAGCAUCUGAAUAUUCUAGUCCUGGCAGACCUCUUAGCUGUUUUGUUGAUGAGAACACUCCAAUUAGUGGAACAAACGGUGCAACAUCUGGACAGUCUUCAGAUCCCAGACUGGCAGAGAGGAGAGUCAGGUCACAACGACAUAGAAAUUACAUGAGCAGGACACAUUUACAUACUCCUCCAGACCUACCAGAAGGCUAUGAACAGAGGACAACACAACAAGGUCAGGUGUAUUUCUUACAUACUCAGACUGGUGUGAGCACAUGGCAUGAUCCAAGAGUGCCUAGGGAUCUUAGCAACAUCAAUUGUGAAGAGCUUGGUCCAUUGCCUCCUGGAUGGGAGAUCCGGAAUACAGCAACAGGCAGAGUUUAUUUCGUUGACCAUAACAACAGAACAACACAGUUUACAGAUCCUCGGCUCUCUGCUAACUUGCAUUUAGUUUUAAAUCGGCAGAACCAAUUGAAAGACCAGCAACAGCAGGUGGUAUCGUUGUGCCCUGAUGACACAGAGUGUCUGACAGUUCCACGGUACAAACGAGACCUGGUUCAGAAACUAAAAAUUUUGCGGCAAGAACUUUCCCAGCAACAGCCUCAGGCUGGCCAUUGCCGCAUUGAGGUUUCCAGGGAAGAGAUUUUUGAGGAAUCAUAUCGACAAGUCAUGAAAAUGAGACCGAAAGAUCUCUGGAAGCGAUUAAUGAUAAAAUUUCGUGGAGAAGAAGGGCUUGACUACGGAGGGGUUGCCAGGGAGUGGUUGUAUCUCUUGUCACAUGAAAUGCUGAAUCCUUACUACGGCCUCUUCCAGUAUUCAAGAGAUGAUAUCUAUACAUUGCAGAUCAAUCCGGAUUCUGCAGUUAAUCCGGAACAUUUAUCAUACUUCCACUUCGUUGGACGAAUAAUGGGAAUGGCUGUGUUUCAUGGACAUUAUAUUGAUGGUGGUUUCACAUUGCCUUUUUAUAAACAGUUGCUUGGGAAGUCCAUUACCUUGGAUGACAUGGAGUUAGUUGAUCCAGAUCUUCAUAACAGUUUAGUGUGGAUACUUGAGAAUGAUAUCACAGGUGUUUUGGACCAUACCUUCUGCGUCGAACAUAAUGCCUAUGGUGAAAUUAUUCAACAUGAACUUAAACCAAAUGGCAAGAGUAUCCCUGUUACUGAAGAAAAUAAAAAAGAGUAUGUCAGACUCUAUGUGAACUGGAGAUUUUUACGAGGAAUUGAGGCACAAUUCCUGGCCCUGCAGAAAGGAUUUAAUGAAGUAAUUCCACAGCAUCUGCUGAAGACAUUUGAUGAGAAGGAGUUAGAGCUCAUUAUUUGUGGACUUGGAAAGAUAGAUGUUAAUGACUGGAAGGUAAACACCCGGUUAAAACACUGUACACCAGACAGCAAUGUCGUCAAGUGGUUUUGGAAGGCUGUGGAGUUUUUUGAUGAAGAACGACGAGCACGGUUACUGCAGUUUGUGACAGGCUCAUCCCGAGUCCCUCUGCAGGGCUUCAAAGCUUUACAAGGUGCUGCAGGCCCACGACUCUUUACCAUACACCAGAUUGAUGCCUGCACUAACAACCUGCCAAAAGCCCACACUUGCUUCAAUCGAAUAGACAUUCCGCCCUAUGAAAGCUAUGAAAAGUUAUAUGAAAAGCUGCUAACAGCCAUUGAAGAAACAUGUGGAUUUGCUGUGGAAUGACAACUUAAAGGAUUUACCCAGGACUCUAUUUAUACCCCUGACUGACAGCCUCCUUUCAGCAGAGUUUCAAGGAACGCUGACAUACAGGAAAAUGCACCCCCCUUUUUAAAAAAAAUUUUUUUAGGAUACUGUGAGGGGAAAGGACAAUUCUGAAAUUCCUUUUCAAGGAAAAAAAGGUCUUUAUGGUUUGCCAUGAGGCCACAUUCAGCUGCUAUUUAAAAUUAAUAUCUUGAACCUAAAGAAUGCUGACUUUUCCUACAUUUCCAGAGUUAGGCAGUAUUCUACACUUAAAGACUACUACUAUUUUUAUAAAAGGUAAUCUAUUCAAAUCGCUUCACAGAUUUCAACUCUAUCAAACAUCAAGACAACUUCAGCAGUCGGUACAAGUCACAUUUCAUUUUGGUUGAAUACAUGAUUUUGAACAGCUCCUGUACUUGCUCUUUGUAAAAAAAAAAUAAAAUUAUUUUGAAUUAUU